UUGUCUAACUAUAACUCCCAUUCCCAUUCCCAUUCCCAUUCCCUUCAGUUUUGAAUUCUCCGCUCUCCACAUAGUUUUUUUCUCCUCUCCAUCGUCGUUAGGGUUUUACGGCGACUCUUUCUUUAUUUUCCGGCAACUUUACACUACAGAAUCUUCGUGCAUUGCACUCUGUAAAUUCUUUAUUCUUCUUUUGCUUACCACUGAUAAUAACAUGUCGCUGUUGUUGUUGUUGUUGUGAUGUUCUGUUUAUGAAUGAAAGAAAAAGAAGAAGAACAAAAAACACCAGAUUUUCAGUUUUACAAUUGUUGAUCAUUUUUAUCACGAAGAAAAAGAAAGAAAAAUGGCAUGGUCGAACAAUGAAACGGUGAUUGAUCGCUCUGAGGAAUCUUGUGAAGACGGCUACAACAACUGUUGUGACUCCUCUGACGUUUACAUUGCUGUUAAACCUCGGGGUCAUGGGAUCAACACGUUGGCACAGUUUGACUUGAGGACUGCAGCUUAUAAGAAGGAAGGGAACAAAGCUUCUGAAUUUCCUGUAGACAUCAUACUGAGAGAGGACAUGAAGAUCAAAGAUGUAGCGAAGAGACAUGUACUGCCUUUCCUCCCCGCCAAAUCACUGAUGAAGUUUCGGGCAGUGUCCAAAGAAUGGAAUCAGUGGAUAGCUAGUCCAUUGUUCGCAUACAAUCAAAGUUCCACAUUCCAGAAGCUUUCUGGCUACUUUUAUCAAGGAGUGGGAAUUCAAGGUGAUCCUCCUAUAUUUCUGUCCUUGCAGCGUUCCACGAAUGGAGUCCCGAGUCCUUCCCUUGGUUUCUUGCCUGAGAAGGUUGAAAUACUAAGUUCUAGCAGUGGAUUGCUCCUUUGUCAGGGGCAGGACAGUUAUUUUGUUUGCAAUCCUGCAACCAAAGAGUGGAAAAAGCUGCCUCCUCCUCAAUAUUACCACGGAUCUGAUCCAGCAGUUCUUGCAUUUGAUCCUGAGUUUAAUAUUGAAUCAUUUUAUCACGUGAUAGCUGCAGUUCCUCUUCUUGAUCAUCCAGUUGUCUGCUUUGAGAUUUACUCUUCUGAAUCAGACUCAUGGAGGUGCUCUCCUUCUGACUGUCGAGAGCUGGAAAAUAAAAUUCUUGAAGGAGGAGGAUCUUAUAUGAAGGGGGUGGCUUACUGGAAUACAUCAUCAAAUGAAGUGCUAGCAUUCAGUGUGAAAAAUGAGAUUCCAGCAGUUCUUCAUGUACCUGUUAUUCAAGCUGAGCAACGUGGUGCCUUAACGCAGAUAGGAGAUGAGGUGUGCUAUGUUACUGCUUAUAAUGACACUGGAGAUGUUUUCGUAAUAGAUAUCUAUGGAGGUGUGGACAUGAGCCUGAAGCGCAGUGUAGUGUAAAUAUUGGAAGAAAGAGGUCUCAUGCUCAAGCGUUUGGUUGGUGGAUACCCAAGGAUGAGUGUUGUGAGGUACUACCCUGUACUGACACUGAUUCUGUGGUGAUCCACAAGGACAAGAUGAUAUACUUUUAUCACCUAAGGGAGCAGAAGGUUGAGACACUCUGGAGUCUGGGACGGGUAGAUACUCACAAGAGGUUCUUACCCUACAUAAACAGUCUCGUUAUGGUACACGGAUCCAGGGAAUAAGUACUGCCCUUGAUGAUUGUUUCAUUUUGGACGUUCAUUUUACUUUCUUGCUACUAGUUUUAAUCUUGUUCUUUCCAUUGUUACGCAAAUAAGUGCAAAUGUUUGAAUUGAAUAGUCAGAGACUUUCUUUCAACAUUAAACUUUACGACUACUUACAGUUCAAAACUAGUACAUAUGUUCUCAAUUGGCA